CGGCACCGACAAUACUUUCUCCAGCUCUGAUAUUACGCGCGCGCUCAUUCCGGGUGUCCUGUGGUGCUGAGGAUUAAUGAGCAUGUCAUUCACGUGCAAGCUAUCUUUCACUCUGUCUCCGCCACCCCGCCGCUGACUGGACUUUCUUUUGCUUUCCAAACAAGCACGCACGGGCCUGCGCUUUCAUGCAACAAUCACGCUCUCCUCCUCCCUCACUGCUGCGCGCACUUUUCAACCGGGAUUCUGUUAUUGCUGCCCUCUUUCUCUCUGUUCCGUUUCGUUUGUGCUUUCAUCAUUUAUUUAAUCGGUAAUGAUUCUCACCGACGUCACACUGUGUUGCUGGCUAGGGCCUCCGCGUGUCGCUCCCGCCCGGGUGACGGCUCCGUUCGCAGCGGCUGAGGAGGGGUGCCGUUUUUCGGGAGAUGUGGACGCCGGUGCGGCGGCGUCGUCGUCUCGCUGUUAAUUUCAAAUAAGUGAUCGUUUCCCCGGGCUACCGGUGCUCGCAAAGAUGAACCUGCACUCGGGCCGUGCAACCGUGGCGAUGAUGCGGAUGAUGGGCUGCAAUAACGGGCGCUAUGCGCGUAAUUUUCUCCACAGUGACUGCGUGAUCGAUGAGAAGACUGUGGUCCUCCAGAAAAAGGACAAUGAGGGCUUCGGCUUUGUGUUACGAGGAGCCAAAGCUGACACCCCUAUUGAGGAGUUCACGCCCACCCCGGCGUUCCCGGCACUGCAGUACCUGGAGUCGGUGGACGAGGGCGGAGUGGCAUGGCAGGCGGGGCUGCGCACCGGUGACUUCCUCAUCGAGGUCAACCAGGACAAUGUGGUCAAGGUGGGUCACAGACAGGUGGUCAACAUGAUUCGACAAGGAGGGAACCGGCUCAUCAUCAAAGUGGUGACAGUCAGUAGGAAUUUGACCCCAGAUGACACCAGUCGGAAAAAAGCGCCUCCACCUCCCAAGAGAGCACCCACCACCGCACUCUCCAUGCGCUCCAAAUCCAUGACCUCCGAGCUGGAAGAACUAGUGGAUAAAGCCACAUUAAGGAAAAAGAAAGGUGAUGCUCAGGCUUCUAAUAUUGAGGGUCUGAAGAAGAGGAUUGUUUUUCAAGUCACACUAAAUAAAGUGGACGAGGUGCCCUCCCAGAAUGCCAUGCGGGAUAACUCCUCUGUGGACAUGCGAGUGGCUACUAUUAAGCCACGCCCCAGCAGCCGUUGUUUGGCCACACCCACUGAUUUUAGUUCUUUCUACGAGCGGCAGGGUGUAGCUGUAGUGCCCCCCACGGUGCCAGGGCCGUACCUGGGUGUGCCCAGGGGCACUAUGAGGAAGCAGAAGUCUAUAGGAAUCACUGAGGAGGAAAAGCAGUUCCUGACGCCUCCUCUGCUGAAGUUCACCCGCAGCCUUUCCAUGCCCGACACCUCGGAAGACAUCCCCCCUCCGCCUGGCAUGUCGCCUCCAUCGCCUCCGUACAACUCGCCCAGCGGCCCCGUGGCACGCGGGUACAACACCACUCAGCCGGGGUUCACCCAGAACUCUGUCGGCAGGGGCCACCCCAACCGGUCAGACCCCAAUAUGGGCACCAUCCGCCGAGACAGGCCGUACCACCGGCAGAGCUCGGAGCACUUUGACGUUCAGACCUCCUCAGCCCAGCAGCCGUUAUGCAACCGGACCCGAUCGCCCGUGCCCGAGAACCCCUACUCCGAGGUGGGCAACAAGAAUCCGUACAUCCCCGCCAAGCCGGCGCGGCGAAAGGGCAUGCUGGUGAAGCAGCCCAACGUGGAGGACAGUCCGGAGAAGACCUGCUCCAUCCCCAUCCCCACCAUCAUCAUCAAGGAGCCCUCCACCAGCAGCAGUGGCAAGAGCAGCCAGGGGAGCAGCAUGGAGAUCGAGCCGACCACCCCAGAGCACACCAGCCAGCUGCGACUGGACGAAGGGCCCAACAUCAGCAACCCGUUCGCCGCCGCCAUCGCCGGAGCCGUGAGGGACCGCGAGAAGCGUCUGGAGGCCCGGCGGAACUCCCCGGCGUUCCUGUCGACAGACCUCGGGGAUGAGGACCCCAACCCCACCCCUACGCCACGCCUACGCCAGUCCAAGUCCAUCGACGAGGGCAUGUUCAGUAACAACGAGCGCUUACGGAAGCUCAUGGCCCCACCUGCCUCCCUCCUGGGGCUGUCUCCCAGUGGGGGUGGAGGAGGAGGAAGAGGUAGUGGUGGUGGAGGGGGUAAUGUGACGGACUUCAACACCCCCGAGCCCACCCUUGUGCGAGAACCUCUCAACACACGUACAGGCAACUGUCCCAAUCUGGACAGCCCCGUUAGCCUCCCUGUUGUUAAGACCUAUAGCUCCAAUGGUGGAGGCUAUUUGCAUCCUGUGACGGGCAAAGCCCUGGACCCCAACUCCCCCUUGGCUCUGGCCCUAGCUGCCCGUGACAGGGCCAUGAAAGAGCAGGGCCAGCCUCCCCCUCCACCUCCCAAGAAUGAGCCCCAGAAGCCGGACCUCCACCAGCCCCUCUUCAUUGACACCAAGCUGCGUUCCAGCAUCGAGGCCAACUACACGGCCGCCGCCACCAUGGGCCGGCCCGCCAGGAGAGGAGGCCUGCGCCGGCAGAACACCGAGUCCAAGUACGAGACGGAAGGGGCCAAGGAGAACAAGCCGUUGGCGGAGGAGAAGAAGAACAUGCUCAUCGACAUCGUGGACACGUCGCAGCAGAAGUCGGCCGGGCUGCUGAUGGUGCACUCAGUGGACCAGGCCAAGUCCAAAGAGAGCAACAGCCGAGGGGGGCAGGAAGGGUCGCCAGGGCAGGACAGCACGCCCGCCGAGCUGAGGGACCCCAAUGCCAAGCCGUCGUCCCCCGCAUCUGCCCACGCCCCUGCUCCGACGGCUGCCCCUGGCACCAACCCGCAGGCCCCUGCCCCAGCCCAUCCCAAGACCAUCAUCACCAUCAGCUCGGUGGACGAACCAGUGAAGCUUCCCUUCCACAUCCCACCUCCACCUCUUCCUUCGGUGGACAUCGAGGAGGAGUUUGAGUUCGCCGAUCCACUUCCGCCUCCUUUGGAAUUUGCAAACAGCAUUGACAUCCCUGAGGACCAAGCAGGGGCUAUCGCAGAACUCCUUAAGCUCCAGAGCAAGAACGGGACUGGGAGAGGGCCUGGCCCCUUACCCCCUUACCACCCCCACGCUCCCCCUCCGGUCAGCGCGGAGCACAGGCGGCCCACAGGCCUCUCCAACUGCGUCGGCGGCCCGCCCGGCUACCCUCCUCCGCCCCCCGAGAGCUUCGAGCAUGUCACCGACUCGGGCAUCGAGGAGGUGGACAGCCGGAGCAGCGGGGACCCCCACCUGGAGACUACGAGCACCAUCUCCACCGUGUCCAGCAUCUCCACGCUCUCGUCGGAGGGCGGCGAGGCGCUGGACACCUGCACGGUCUAUGCAGAUGGGCAGGCCUUCUUGGUGGACCGGCCCCCGGUGCCCCCCAAGCCGAAAGUGAAACCCAUCAUCAACAAAAACAAUGCACUUUACAGGGACCCGCUGAUCGAGGAGAGCCUGGAGUCCUUCGGGAUGCCCCCCUCGGCCCCUCCGCCGCCCCCUGGUGGUGCCGAGCCGCCCAAGACCCCCACGCAGAGGAGCUCCAAGCUUUGGGGGGACCCCCCGGAACUGAGGAGCCCCCCCUCGUCGCUGCCGGACCCCAAGGCCAACAUGAUCAGUGAGCUCAGCUCCAUCUUACAGCAUAUCAACAGGGAUCGCACACCCAAACCAGGGGAGGUGCUCGACUCACCCACGGGAUCCAGGUGCUUUGGAUCAAGUCCCUCAGGUCCUCAGCGGAGCGCCACCGUCACCUUUGCCACCCCGAUCACCCCACCGGCCAGCCUGCCCCCACACCACCACCACCACCACCUCUACCACCACCACUCUUCGUCCAGCCCCAUCUCCUCGCCGCCGGACUCGGGCCCCGCGUCCGGCCGCGCCUCCUCCCUGCCCGGCUCGGCCUCGUCGCCCACGCUGACGGACGUGUUCGGCCUGCCCACCCCGCCGCUGGGCGGGGGCAGUGGUGCGAGCAGCGUGGCGGGCAGCGAGCGCUUCAGCCUGUGCUCCACGGGCAGCCGCUCACCCUCGCCGCUCACGCUGCUGCAGGCAGCCUCCAACAAGCCGUUCGCCGGCAAGCCCCUCCUCAUGUGGACCAAGCACGAUGUAGCAGACUGGCUGGAGAGCCUCAACCUGGCCGAGCACAAGGAUGCCUUCAUGGACAACGAGAUCGAGGGCAGCCACCUGCCCAACCUGCAGAAGGAGGACCUGAUAGACCUGGGGGUGACGCGGGUGGGCCACCGCAUGAACAUCGAGAGGGCUCUCAAACUGCUGCUGGACAGAUAAAAGAGGGCCAUCUCCAUCUCUCUCUCUCUUUUUGUAAUUCUCCUUUCUCUCUCGCUCUCUCUUUCUCUCUCUCUCUCGGUCUAUGGUGGUGUGAAUGAGCACACAGGAUAUAAAGGACCAAGAGAUCUCCCUGUGUGUCUGAACUUUCCAGGAUCUUAGGAUCUCCACGUGUAUGUGUGUAUGUGUGUGUGUGUGUGUGUGUGUGUGUGUGUGUGUGUGUGUGUGUGUGUGU